AGAAAACCCAAGGGUCGCUGCACAGCCAGCCAGUGAUCAAAGAUAGGCCAGCAACGCCACGGGAGGAGAUGAUGGUGCCCGCGGCGGCCUCCCUCUCGCCCGCCUCCUUCUCACGCUCCCGUGCGCUCUCCACCGCCAGGCUACUCUUUUGCUUCUCCUCCAACCCUAGAACGUCUCUCCGCCGUCUUCGAACACCUGUCCACCUGCCAUCCUCCCCCCCUCCUUCUAUUCCCCUUCGCCGCUGUUAUAUCCCGGCGAUUUCGCCUGACAUUUCAUACCCAAGGUGGAGAUGCUUCUGCAGCGGAGCCGCCGUCUCGGCCGGUGCUGAGGUCUCCGAGAAGGCGGAAGCGGAGGUCGCGGAGAAGGUACGGGAGUUCAAGAAGCGACUGCGUAUCUUUGAUGUGAAGGGAGGGGAGGAUGAAGGUGUGGAAUGGAUUGGAAAGGAGAUUGUAAUUCGGGGCUGGGUUCGGACUUGCCGGGUUCAGAGUAGCGUGACCUUCAUCGAGGUCAAUGAUGGAUCCUGCCUAUCCAACAUGCAAUGUGUGAUGAGCUCGGAUGCUGAAGGAUACAGUGAGGUGGAAAUUGCUGAUAUCACAACUGGGGCAUCUGUUUUAGUAGAGGGAAUUGUGGUGAGCAGCCAAGGGGCUAAGCAAAAAGUGGAAUUGAAGGUAGCAAGGCUCAAUGUGAUUGGUAAAAGUGAUCCUCUGGCAUAUCCCAUCCAAAAGAAGAGAGCAAGUAGAGAAUUCCUGAGAACCACAGCUCAUCUUCGCCCUCGAACUAAUACAUUUGGUGCGGUGACCAGGGUGAGGAACGCAUUGGCCUAUGCAACACACAAAUUUUUCCAAGAAAAUGGGUUUGUUUGGAUUUCAAGCCCAAUCAUUACUGCUUCAGAUUGCGAAGGAGCCGGUGAACAAUUCUGUGUGACUACAUUGCUUUCGAAGACAGGAGAUGGAACUGAAUGCUCAGUUAGUUCUAUCCCUACUUCUGUGGAUGGAACAAUAGAUUGGUCACAGGACUUCUUUGGAAAACCUGCAUUUUUGACUGUCUCAGGCCAACUAAAUGCUGAAAGCUACGCUACUGCCCUAUCUGAUGUGUAUACAUUUGGUCCUACUUUUAGAGCAGAGAACUCAAAUACUUCAAGACACCUAGCUGAAUUCUGGAUGAUUGAACCUGAACUUGCUUUCGCUGAUCUGAAUGAUGACAUGGCAUGCGCAACUGCCUAUCUCCAGUAUGUAGUAAAUUAUGUACUUCAGAACUGUAAAGAAGACAUGGAAUUCUUUGACGCAUGGAUCGAAAAGGGCAUUAUAAAUAGAUUGACGGAUGUGGUUGAGAAGGAUUUUGUCCAAUUGACAUAUUCUGAUGCUGUUGAAAUACUAUGCAGAGCAAAAAAGAAGUUUGAAUUUCCGGUAAAAUGGGGAUUAGAUUUGCAAAGUGAGCAUGAACGAUACAUUACUGAAGAAGUAUAUGCUGGGCAACCUGUAAUAAUUAGAGACUAUCCAAAGGAAAUUAAAGCCUUCUAUAUGCGGCUAAAUGAUGAUGGAAAAACUGUUGCUGCAAUGGAUUUGCUGGUCCCUCAUGUUGGUGAGUUAAUUGGUGGAAGCCAAAGAGAAGAACGCCUUGAGCUUCUAGAAAGUCGUUUAGAUGAGUUGAAACUUAACAAGGAUAGCUAUUGGUGGUAUCUUGAUCUUCGACGGUUUGGAUCAGUUCCUCAUGCUGGCUUUGGGCUGGGUUUUGAAAGACUUGUACAAUUUGCAACCGGAAUGGAUAACAUAAGAGAUGCUAUUCCUUUCCCUCGGACUCCUGGUUCAGCAGAGUUCUAGUGCCAAGAUAAUAAAUCCAACCUGACGAAUAUUCCUUUUUUAUAAUGAGAAAUAUCGCCACAUUAUGAUAAGGUUGUCUUGUGAUAUUUACUUUCAUAAACCAUUCUGUAUAUUUUUUAUUUUGUGACAAUCCCUCUCGUCGUGAUCA